UUACACUGCUGAUAUUUGUAAGUUAAAAUUUUAUGGGUUUGGUGGUUUUAUACUAUAGUCAGGCCUGGGAAAAUAGAAAUAAAGGCUAAUACCAUAAGAAAUCAUACAGUUGUAUGUACCAAAGUCAAGCAAACUAUAUUGAGGAAUAAUGGUUAAAUGGAAGAAAACCAGUGUUUGCCAAGCUACCUAAAGUCUUUUGUGCUAUUUACCUUACAACAAAUUUCCACCAGCAGUAAAUUGCCUUAUUUAUAUAGAUACAGUUUUUACAUCAUACUCUUUACUAAUCCAUAUUUUAUUUUAAGAAUCUGCAAGUGUUUUCCGAGAAAAAAAGGCAUUCAUUUGGAACUGGAGAACAAGUUAGCAUAAGAUACUAAAAUGAAAGAAUCAAUAGCUGGUGAAUGUGAUAAGGCAGUUGCACCACAUCUAGAACACCUGAAAGAAAUUAAGAUGGAACCUGACAAUACUCAGGAGUAUUGUCAAGCCCAGCAAUCCAAAAUUCAGGAGAAUGAACUGAAAAUAAACACUACAUUUUCAAAUGAUGCCUCACAAUUGACGGCAGGCAUUCAGCUUUCUCUGGCAUCAUCAGGCAUGAGUAAAAUGCUCCCUUCAGAUUCAUCCACAGCUAUUCAGGUUUCCUGUUCUGGUUGUAAAAAAAUUCUUCAGAAGGGGCAAACUGCUUAUCAGAGGAAAGGAUCUACUCAGCUUUUCUGCUCCACUCCAUGUAUCACUGAAUACAUUUCAUCUACCAGUUCACCAGCUCUUCCCAAGAGAACUUGUUCAAACUGCUCAAAGGAUAUUUUAAAUCUAAAGGAUGUAAUCAGAAUCCAGCCGGAAGAUACCUCAAGCAAAAAUUUUUGCAGCCAAGCUUGUCUUUCAUCUUAUGAAGAAAAAAGAAAACCUUUUGUUGCUCUAUGUAACAAUAACAUUUUAACCAAAUGCAGCAUGUGUCAGAAGACUACUAUUAAGCCAGCCAAAACACUUCCAUCUGGUCUUUGCAAAUCAUUGAGACCCUCAGAUGAAAUAGUUGAGAUAACCAAUGAAUUGGGGAAGACAGAACUUUUCUGCUCUAUUAAUUGUUUCUCUGCUCACAGUAAAGCUAAAGUGGAAUCUUCUACAGUAAAUGUUCCCAUGGUGCACAGUGCUUCAGUGGAGCUCCCUUCUCCAAAGAAAGAUACAACUCCAGUUAUAAGCAAUAUAGUAUCAUUGGCAGACACUCAGGUUGCCGUGCCCAUCAUGAACUCUGGUAUCUUACAAGACCCAGUUCAUUCAGAAAGAGCCCACAGUGACGUGACAGAUAUUCCUAAGAGUUCACCCUGUGAAUCAAGUACUGAUGUUACUAAUAGUACUGUGGAGCAACCAAGCCUUUCACCAUCUUCAUCAGUACCCAGUCAGCAUACAGUUGACUCUAGUAUAGAAGUACAAGAAGAUCAAGGAUCAAACCAAAAUCCUACAUGCAGUAUGAAAUCUGUGAAAAUAACUGAUGGACUCUGUCACCCAAAAUUUACAUCCAAAUUACGAAAAGGUAAAUUACGAAGCAUUAAAAAAUGUUGCUGUUCUAGAUUUCAUCAUUUGGGAAACAGUAUUAAAAAGGACAUGACAUUCUGUUACUCAUGCCAGUUGUUCUGCCAAAAAAAUUUCAGUUAUCGAGGAGAAUCAUUCACACUCCAAGAAAUUUCUAAUUGGAAAAAAACCCUGGAAAAAUUUAGAAAGCAUGAAAAAAGUGAAAUGCAUUUGAAGUCGUUGCAGUUUUGGAGGGAAUACCAGUUUUGUGGUGGAACAGCCAGUAAUAAUAUACCUAUUAGUUCUAAACAGGUAGAAGAAAAUAAAAAGUACCUAAAACUUGUCAUUGAAAAUAUUUUAUUUUUGGGGAAGCAGUGUUUACCCCUGAGAGGAGGUGAAAAGUCUGUUUCAUCUAUUAAUAAAGGCAAUUUUUUAGAAUUGUUAGAAAUCAGAGCAAAAGAUAAAGGAGAAGAAAUAUUCCAACUUAUGACUUCCCAAAUUGACUUUUAUAAUAGUACACAAAUUCAGAAUGAUAUUAUCGAAGUAAUCAAGACUGAAAUGUUGGAAGAUAUUGUAAAUGAGAUCAAUGUCUCCUCAGCUUUUUCAAUAAUAUGUGAUGAAAUAAGUGAUAAAGGUAUUAAGAAUCAGAUUUCAAUUUGUGUAAGAUACCCACAUAAAACAUCAAAGGCUAUCUUAAUUAAAGAAAGAUUCUUGGGUUUUAUAGAUAUUGAAGAGAUGACUGGGAGCAACUUACAUAGGACUAUCAGAACUUACCUUCAGCAAAUUGGAGUUGAUUUGAGUAAAAUACGUGGCCAGGCCUAUAACAGUGCUACUAAUUUGAGGGGAAAAUUUAAUGAAAGUGCAGAAGAAUUCAAGAAGGAAGAGCCACGAGCAUUAUAUACACAUUGUCAUGCACAUUUUUUGGAUUUGGAAGUGAUUAGGUAUUGUAAAGAAAUAAAAGAACUCCGAAGUGCUCUAACUACUCUCACUUCUUUGUUUAACAUUAUUCAUAUGUCUGGGGAAAUGUCAGCAAAAUUUCAAAACAUUUGUAAAUUAAGUAAAAACAAAAUAUGCAAGAAACAUGUAUCACAGACAUGUUGGACAGUCCAUGAUCAAAUAUUGUUAUCUGUGAUUGAGGGUCUCCCAGAAAUUAUUGAAACACUAGAAGUUGCAUCAAGUCAUUCUUCGGACACAAGUUUAGGUGAUGAAUUGAAUGAUUUAUUGACAUUAGUUUCUAAAUUUGAAUUUAUCUUUUGUUUGAAAUUUCUUUAUCGAGUACUAAGUGUUACAGGAAUUCUUUCUAAAGAACUUCAAAGUGAAACCUUAGAUAUUUUUUCUUUGUCUUCAAAAAUAAAAGCAAUUUUGGAAUGUCUAUCAACUGAAAGAAAUGAUGUGGAUUUCAAAACGCUGUGGGAUGAAACAGAGGAAAUAUGUCAAAAAAUAACCUGUAAAGGUUUUGAAGUUGAAAGCCCCUCUUUUCAGAAAAGAAGAAAAAUUCAGAAAACAGAACAUGGUGGUUUAAAUAGCAUGUUUUCUCCAAUCUCAACCGAAGAACAAUAUAAAAUUAAUAUUUAUUACCAAGGAUUAGAUAGUAUAUUACUGAAUUUAAAAUUACGUUUUUCAGAGUUUGAUUAUUUAAAAAUUAAGCAAGUUUCAGAACUAUUACUAAAAUGGAAUGAACCAUUAAGUGAAUCAACAGCCAAACAUAUCCAAGAAUUUUAUAAGCUUGAUGCAGACAUCAUCCCAGAACUUCGAUUUUAUCGACAAUAUGCAAAGCUUAACUUUGUCACAGAUUACACUCAUAUUAAUUUCAUCAAUCUUGGCUAUUUAUUUAUUCAGCAUGGUCUUCACAGUAAUAUUCCUUGUAUAUCAAAGUUAUUAUAUACUGCAUUGUCUUGGCCAGUUUCUUCGGCAAGUGCUGAAAACUCAUUUUCUACACUGUUUCGUCUUAAAACAUAUUUAUGUCAUACCAUAGGACAAGAGAAGCUUAGUGGCCUGGGUCUAAUGGUUGUUGAGCAAGAAUUGGUAAAUAAACUGAUGGAACCUGAAAGACUGAAUAGAAUUGUGGAAAAGUUUCUCCAUCAGAUGAAAGAAAUAUAAUACUUUCCAAUUUGAACAUACCUGAAAGAAUUUUUGUUAGAAUAUUGCAGGUUUUACUUCAACUUUUUUGUUUCGUUUGGAGCCAAACCUAGCAGUACUCAGGGCUUAAUCCUGGCUCUGCAUUCAGGGAUCAUGCCUGGUGGGCCUCGAGGGACCAUAUUGGAUGUCAGGGAUUGAAGAUGAGUCAGUGCCCUACCCACUAUACUAUUGCGCUGGACCUUUCAAAUUUCUGUCUUUUAAGGAAAAAACCUUGAAAGUUUUAUGAAAAAAAAAAACUUGAAGAAAGCCUACAACAUGCAUUUGGCUCAAAUUUCAGAAGACACCAAAUGCUAAAAUGUUUUCCUUUUCUCGUAUCUGGUUCCCCUUCCCUUAAGUGUUAACUGUUUCCAGAGAUUGACAAUAUGUAACUGAAUACAAUAGAUUUUAUAUUCCUGUUUUAAAAAUAAAGACUUUGGAUA